AUGUCAUCGAAUGACCAGUUGAGACAAGACCAAUCUCUGCCUGAAAAUGAUGCCUUACUUCUGGGUAGACUCCAGUCCGCGGAUGAGACCCUCAAAUUCGGCCCUCCCGAAGUCUGCCCGGUGCCUGGCCCGGCGCAGUCCUCGGGGCUCACCGCCGGACCUACUCACCCCGCCGCACUCCAGAUCCAGACUCCCAAAAGUUAUGCGCCAGCCCUCGCCCUCGCUCCUCCUCUGCCUCCGCCUCCGCCUCGCGACGCCGCCCACAUCCUCCUCGUCGUCCUCGUCCUCGUCCAGCCUCUUGCUCCCGCUCCCGCGCCUCUCUUUCAGCAGCUCUCUCGCUCCGCGUGUCCUCGUCCCGUCGCGAAGUAA